CGUCCUUUGGGUGCGCAGUGUUGCCAGCCACAGAGCCACGUCAGGCCUGUAGCAACGGCUCGUCUUCUGCUGCCUCUCCAAGGUUAGAGAUAGGCCCGCCCGACUAGCUGGAGACGCUCAAAGAAACAAACACUUGGAGCAGAUUGACAGCGGCGUACCGGCAAUUAUUUUUUCCUUUUUUGAACGUUUAGCUUUUCUCCCGCAUAGGAGCUCAAAGUGUCGCCUGUGCACUGUGAAAUUGUCAGCGCGGACACUGACGGCGUUAUUUGGUCUCUAUAGGAGGUUCUGCAGCAGAGAAAAUAUCGUUUAUCGCCCGUCUUAUUGGUGCUUAAUGGAAACGCGUAAUCAUAAAAAAUGGUUGCAUUUGGAGAAUAUCCGUGAGUGCGAUCGUUUCCUCUUGACAUCGGUGCGUCAGAAAAGACACCUCAGCUAGCUGGACUCCGGGUUGGGUGUGAAGUCUUUACUGUGCACCGUGUGCUGCUGGAGUGAAGGUGACUUGCGCCCCGUCGCAGUCAAGGCAAUGCGGAGAGGACUCGCAGGCGCUCAUCCGGUACUUUUCCUGCGCUCUGAGGCUCGUCUGGGAAAAUAUUUUCUCCCUCUACCGCGUUAGAGGGAAAUACCGUGAGAUAGGCAGAGCAAUAACGGUAGUCAAGAUUGAACCCAGCCAGCAGUUGGUGAAGGUGAACCGAGCACAAGCGGAGGAGAAAAUAAGGUGAAGAGUGAGGUGCAGGGUGGUAAGAAAGGAAGACGGAAAGUGGUGGAGUUUGGAGGGGGGGAUAAGACAAGAUCUUUCUAUCCUAGAGCUGUUUUAAUAGUGGAUGUGUAUGCAUGAGUUCUGCAUCGAAUGGGCGCAAAAACCGCCCCAGAUCCGCCGGGAACAUCUUCCAGAUCGGCAAGCCUCCGUACCGAGACCCACAGAGGAGGGAGAGCACCGAAAGUACCCGCAAAGCUCAGCGCGCCGUGGCCGACUGCAGAAUGAUCGUCCAAGAAUUCAAUACACUUGUGGCUCUGUACCGUGAACUGGUCAUCUCCAUUGGUGAAAUCACUGUCGACUGUCCUUCCUUACGGGCUGAAAUGCUGAAGACCCGAACAAAAGGCUGCGAAAUGGCGAGAGCGGCGCACCACAGUCUCUCCUUGAUAUCGGGGCCAGAGGAUGGGGAGAUCCACCCUGAGAUCUGUAGGCUCUUCAUCCAGCUGCAGUGCUGCCUGGAGAUGUACAUCACAGAGAUGCUCAAAUCUGUCUGCUUGCUGGGAUCCCUGCAGCUCCACAGGAAAGGUAAGGAUUCAUGCGGUCCGUCCGGGGUCGACAGUAAGAUAGAGGACAGCUCGGACAUCCCCAUCCUGGAGGACACAUCUUCCUCCCCGACAGAUUGUCCUCAGCUCUGCUGGCUGGUGGCCACUGACAUAGAUAACAUAGAAAGGGACAUGAGGGAGAUGAAGAACCUUCUCAGUAAACUCAGGGAGACAAUGCCUUUACCACUGAAGAACCAAGAUGACAGCAGUUUGCUGAACCUGACACCCUACCCACUUGUCCGACAGAGGAAGAGGCGGUUCUUCGGGCUCUGUUGCCUGGUAACCAGCUAAGGGCCCCGCCUUCGUGGGUAGGAGGCAGCAACAAAGACACCAUUACCCACUGUCCUUCACCACUUGUGUCUCCCACCAAUCUAUUACUGCCAUUUUCAAAUAAAUCGUCUCUUUCUCUCUCGUUUUUUUUUAACAGCUGCCCAUUUUAUAAUUUUAUUUUGUAAUACAAAGAAGAAUUGUAACUGCAAUGUAAUGAAAACUAAAGUCAUGAACAUAUAUUUUAAGAUAUUUUGCAACAGAUCCUCCCUUUUUUGGUAAACAAAGUCAGAUAUCUGCUUGUCCGGUGUAAACGAGAAUGAGAGGUCAUCUGAAACAAUGUCGACGUUCAAUUACUUCCACAAGCCUGAGUGAAUGAAACGAGGAUCCAUGUUUUAAAAACAAAAAACAAAAAAGGGAAUAUAAAUGUCCGUUUUGUCAGACAUAAUGUGAUAACUUGUGAAUAGACGCUGUUCAAAUAUUUGAGGAUGGCACUUGCAAAGACAAAGUUAUACCUCCGUCUGUCUAAGCUGAGGUGACAGGUUUGUGCUGAGUAAGUUUGGUGUGUAUUACCGUCUCUGUUUUCCGUUUCUUGCUGUUUUUCUUCUCAAUGUACUUAAUUUAGUCUUCCAUAAACCAAGAACCUGUAAUCGACUUCAACUUUCCAGCUUCGAAAUAUAUGAUACAAAUAUUCAAAAGAAAACUUCUUUGCACACAGUAUCUAUCUAUAAAUUGAGACAUUAGACUUGUAUAUACACAUACUCUUUACGCGAUGCUCUGAAUUAUUCUCAAAGUUGGAAGUGCUUUGCAGAGGACCUGUGCGGGUGUGAGCAGGAAGGCGCCUCUCUUUGACCGAGGGGCAGAGAGCAGGUAUUAUGGGUCUUGCGUGUUCAAAGAUUGUAAUCAACGUUUAUGGCAAGGUGAAAAUACAGUAGUCAAAGUUGACAUAGGUCAUUUUACAUUGUUAAUAAAACUUUUGUUAUUAAAACUUA